GCCAGCAAGAGACAAACCAUGGACUUUGUGCCUGAGACUGGCUACCUUGAUUUACUGCACAGUGACAUCGACCCGUUGCAACUGUGUGCUCUCCUUGAUCCUAAGUCAUCUGGAGAUGGAGAAGGUGACUUCACUACAGAUCUUGAAGUUGAUGCCAGCAACUAUGAACAGUUAAAUAAUAUGGAUUUCAUGAGUACGAUGGAAAAUGGUGAAAAUGGAGAUGGGUCGUAUCUCUGUUCCAACACCACAGAUGCUUAUGCUAAAAUGGCUGAAUUAGUAGAAUAUGUGCUCAAGGAUCAUCAGGAGAAGCAGGUGGAAGACAUUUUUGCAGGGAACCUCAAUUUGGAUGAAAUGGCUGCUGAAAACAUUGAGAAAUUUCCUGACAUAAAGAAGCAGAAGUGUCAUAAACGAACCUUCCUAGGCUCUGCAGAGAACUGGUCUGAUACUUCAGAACCAAAAUACAGAAAAAUUGUGGAAGUGCCUGCAGUGGCUGCAGAGAAUGGCAGUUUCUUAGCUCUGCCUUUCAACAGCCUGCCAGUGGGCUGCACCUCACUGACUAACCAGCACUUGUCCUUUUCUGUUCCUGCUGCCUACGGGUUGGAAAGAAGUUUCCUAAUUCCUGGAUCUUCAGAACCUUGGACUGCAGAGAUUCUACCUGUCAGUGUGAAAGGGAGCCAGGACAAUCCAGGCUUUGCAGAUCCUCCUCAGCAGUUACUUAACUUUGUUCUUGAAAAUGGCAUAUCUGAUUUUAUAAUAUAUCCAGUGUUUACUUCUUCCAUGGAAACAUUCAUAUCCCCAGAUUUUCCAGUUAGUUCAUUUGAUGUAGAAAGGUUUGAAGAAGUUCAAGAUUCCAUGAUUCCUUCUGAAGACGAUUUCAAAACACGAGAGCUGGUGGAAACUUUCUGCACUUCACUUAAGGAUUAUUUCCGAGACACGUGCAAGUUUGUGACCCUGGAGCGUGAGGUAGCACUGGAUCACCUGUUUAUUGAUGGGACACUUGUUCAAAGCCUAACUGAAACCAGGACUGGGAGGAAUAGUGCAAAAACAAUGGAAAACCAGCUGGUGACUUGCAGUCUGCACGAGAAGGAAAAGAUAGCCAUCGAUAGAAGCCAAAUAUUUCAAAUCCCAAAACGUAAAGGCUUAGAGACUAAAGUGAUUUUGGUGCUGGGAAAAGCAGGAAUGGGCAAAAGCAUUCUUGCUCAGAAGAUCUGCCAGGACUGGUCCAAUGGAGAGUUUUCUGAGUUUGAAUUUGUAUUUUGGUUUGACUGUGAGCAAAUAAGCUUGCCUGAGAAGCGAUACAGCCUGAAGGAACUGCUUCUUGAAUUUUUUGUAAAACCUCAGGAGGGAAGCAAAGAGAUAUUCGAGUACAUAUUGCAAAAUCCUGCUAAAGUCCUUCUGGUUUUUGAUGGCUUUAAAGGAUUGCAUGACCAUGAGAAUUCUCCUCGUUGCUCAGCCAGCGAGCCGGAAAAAGAUUUGUACAGUAUAAAGGAGCUGCUUUCAGGACUCAUCCAAAGAAAGAUACUCAAUGGUUGUACCUUAUUACUUACAGCAAGACCAAAAGACAGGGUGUACUACUAUGUGUCCAAAGUGGAUAAGACUAUUGAAAUAGUAGGAUUUUCCCCUGAGCAGAGAGAACUGUACAUAAACAAAUACUUUGAAGGAUUACCCCACUGUGACAGUGCACUGAAAUUAGUCAAAGACCAUGAGUACUUGUUCAGUCAUUGUUACAGCCCUGGCAUGUGCAGAUUUGUUUGUUUUCUUUGUGAUACAGUGCUUGAAAUGGGAGAGGAGAGCCUUCCUUCAACUCUUUCUGCAGUCUUCCUGAAAUUUUUUCAGCAGAAGAUAAUACCUGUGCAAACAGAUGUUACAACCACACAAAAUCAAGAGAAUCUUAUUACCCUAGCCCAUAUAGCCUGGUGUCUUGGAGAAAAGCACCAAAGUGCCAUGAAAAGUGAUCUUUUUCCUUCUAAAGAAGUUAAAGAGUUUGCUCUGAAAUAUGGAUUUUUCCUUCCAUUUGCAUUCCCCAGACAUUCAGAUAGUGAAGAAGAGGAAUUUGGGAGCACAUUCUCUGAUUUUGUCAUUCAGAACUUCUUGUGUGCACUUCACCUUUCAUUAGCAGAAGAGCUCAAGGAUAAAAGUGUAAUAAAGUACCUGUCUUUUCCAUCCAAAAGGAAAAAACCCUAUCACUGGCUAGAUUUAGUGCCUCGAUUUUUGACUGGAUUGUUGUUUCUCCAGGAUGACCCUUACUUCUGCUCCCUUUCGAAUCAGGAUGAAAUACAACCAGUGAAGAAGCAGAAUAAACUCUUGAAAUACAUUAGAAGGCUGCAGAUUAAUGAUCUCUGUCCAGAGAGGCUGCUGGAGCUCUUACGCUGUGUUUAUGAAACCCAAAGCAGUUACCUCCUGCAGCACGUGGCCCUAAGGCUCAAGCCAGACUUGUCUUUUCUGAACAUAGCCCUUACCCCACCUGAUGUCCACGUACUGCACUCUAUUUUAAAAAGGUCGAGAAAGGAGUUUUCCUUGGAUUUGAGAAACAGCAGCAUUGACAUGCAAGGGCUCAAAGACUUGGUGAGCCUCAAGAACGUGGCGUCCUUCAGGGCCUCCCUCAAUGACACUGUCAGGCUUUGGAAAUCUUUAGAACAGUCAAAAGACUACGAGCUGCUGAAAGCAUCAGCAGAGAAAUUUGUUCUUGAUCCCUUUAAGGCAAAGACGAUGAAGGACAUCAGUGACCUCUCCGACCUUGUAGAGAUACAAGAGAAGAUGGUGAAUUGUGAGCAAGAUGCAUCUGAUUCCACCAGCUAUGAAAUUCCUGCCAUCAAAAACCUCAGAAAACUCGAAUUUGCGCUGGGUCCGGUGUGUGGCCCUCAGGGAUUGCUAAAACUCGUGAAAAUUCUUGCAGCAUUUCCAUCACUUCAGCAUUUAGACCUUGAUGCUCUGAGCGAAAAUGGCAUAGGAGAUGAAGGAGCCAAGAGUCUAUCUGAAGUCUUUCCAACCCUGACAUCCCUGGAAACAUUAAAUUUAUCACAGAAUAAAAUAACAGACAUGGGUGCGGAGAAACUCGCCACAGCUCUUCCUUCCUUGUCUUCCUUAAAAACACUAAGCUUGUACAAUAACAACAUCAGUGAUUUUGGAGCAGAAAAUCUGGCGAAAGUUCUUCCUGCAAUGACAUCUUUAAGAGUGCUAGAUGUUCAGUACAACAAAAUAACCCGUGUGGGAGCCCAGCAGUUGACCAACAGCCUACGAAAAUGUCCCCACAUAAAGAACUUGGUGAUGUGGAAUCCCGCCAUUCCCUAUGGAAUCCUUGAAUACCUUCAGCAGCUGGACUCUAGGAUCAGUGUGUAGAUUCAAAGGAACCCACAAAGGUAUCAUAAAGAAGAGGGGGAAGGUGUCUGUCCUCUGUGCUCUCCUAUCUUCUUGCUGCUUUAGGAAUCGGUGGCAGAUUUUCAUGUUGCAAAAAAGGCCACAUUUAAGUUUCUAAGUGAUGCUUAAAUUAGGUGAAUUAUAAAGUUUGAACUUUCAAAGGUCAUUUAAAAUGCUGUUCAAAGACCCCAUCGUAUUCCUACUGAAGUGAUGAAGAGUUAAGCAACAUCAAGUUUCAGAGAUGAAAAGAACAUCUGGAUACUGUGAUCACCAUUAAAGGAGACCAGGAACCACCAGGACAUUGGCAGUGUAAAAUUCCACCACGGAUUCACGAAAGAGCAGAUUGAAAGCUGCUGAAUCUGCAACACCUGAAGCAGUGAUAGAUCAAAUCUGAUUGUUUCAAGGUGCUAGUGGUAACUGUGAAUGACUUUGGUCUGAUGAUUUUGGACUUUCAAAGCCCAGUGUUACAGAUUCCACCUGUGUGUAUGGGCUGAUUUGAAGCAUUAGGAUGAGGAGCAUAAAAAAGAAUGAUCAGUCCUAGAAAACAUGAUAUUGGAAGAUUAUCCACGAGAAUCUAGAAGUGGUUCUUUUCUUGAUGCUAAUCAUCAGUGCUGUCUUAAGGUAUAGAAAGAUAUUUUCUAUCACUUGUUUGUUACAGAAUCCUUCAAAAAAACUGGGGGGAAAAAGAAAGAAGUAAUAAGAAGAAAGGAAUUAAAACUGAAAAACUACUCAGGAUUUUUCUGACAUCACAGAAAUCCAAAUACAUACAAAUACCUUCAAUUUAUUGCACAAAAAUCCUCAAAGUGACAAUCUUUGAAGG